CACUUGUGUCGUUGACGGCCUUUCUAUCCUUUCCUUCUUUCGACCAGGUGUCCUCUGUUUUGCCUGCUCUUCCCUCUCAUUUCUCGCCGGCCGGCCCACACACUUUCGUUAAAAUCCUUCUGAGAAGCGUUCUUCACUUGUGGCUAUUCAGUCAUGUUCUCAAAGGUCGGAUUCGUGGCAAUCACUUUACUUGCAUCUUCAGGGGAGGUUCUUGGCCGUCUGAAAUGGCUAGAGAGAGACAAUAGGGCUGUCUUUCUUCAUCCUCGACGUUUUGGACAAGAGCAUCCAGCUGUUAUAGACAAACUCAGUGCUGCCUGUCCAGGACAGGUUUGCGGCACACUGGCUGGUGCUGCCAUUACUCCCUUGUUGGCCGCUCAGCCAGAGUGCUCUCAGCAAGAUAUGGCCGAUCAAAUCAUCGACGCCGCUGCCCAGUUUGAUGCAGAUACGCAAGCAAACAUGAUAGCAUUAGCCAUUGAAUAUCGUCAAGCAGAGAAGAAUACCCCUCCGGAUUUCUCAACUCAACCUCCGACGCCUCGCAACUCUGUCUUUUGUCAAACUGCACCCAAGAAUUCCCAGCUGAACGGUUUAGUACAAGCUCAGGAUCCUGCCAACGAUCCUAACUUGUUCUUUGACCCUGCCCUCGGUGCUACUGUCAAGUUGGGCUCACAGGCCAAUACCUUCCCAUUUGGAACCAACGGAACCAAUACUUCUAGUGAUACCAAUAGCACAUCAACCGAAAGUACGGCUAGUGAGACUGCGCAAACAACUGAGACCGCCACGGCUACCGACUCUGCAACAGAAGUCUCUGGCACUGGCGUCUUGGCCGUAUCUCCGUGUGUCUCUGUGGUCACAGUUACAGUCUCUGGCAGCGCUACAACCACAGCCUCUGACGCCGUCACAGUAUCCGUUGGCACUUCCGCAACAGCGACACCUACAUCCACCUCGAGUUCUGCUAUCGGCGACUUUGGCUCCUGCUCAGUCCCCCAGAUUGAAUUCGGUGUAGGAUUUGAUAACCGCAAAGAAACCAGCUUCCAACCUGUUGAUAAACAAUCCUACAAUCACGGUUCCGCUCAGGCGAUCGGAAUCAUCGCUCAGUUCAUUUGUGAUACACUCGUUAACUCCUGUGGUGCUGACGCAACUGCAAAAGCUACUUGUGCGACAGCUGAGAAUGCUGUCAACAAUGCUCCCGCUAAGACUGGUGGCCAGGCUGAUGCUUUCAAUGCCGUAUUUGGUAUCACAACUGAUUUCGCAUCCGUUGCCGCUGUCGAUGACCAGGGGAAUAUCGUCGCAGGGACGGGCUCCAGCUCAAAUAGUACUGACACUACUAGCACCGCUAGUGCAAGUGAUUCUCCCGCUACUGCCUCUGCCACGUCCGUAGCCGCUGCUACAGAUGCUUCAUCUGCAUCGCAGUCAACAUCAACGUCAACAUCGACCUCUUCAACGUCCAUUGGAAACUUUGGUUCUUGUUCAGUUCCUCAAAUCAAAUUUGGCGUCGGAUUUGAUGGCCGUAAAGAAACUAGUUUUGAACCUGUUGAUCUUCAAUCAUAUAACCAUGGAUCCGCACAGGCCAUCGGAAUCAUCACCCAAUUUAUCUGUGAUCAGCUCGUCAAUUCCUGUGGAGCAGAUGCAACUGCAAAGGCUACUUGUGCAACAGCUGAGAAUGCCGUCAACAAUGCUCCCGCUGAGACCGGUGGUCAAGCCGACGCCUUCAAUGCCGUUUUUGGUAUCACGACUGACUUUGCGGCUGUUGCCGUUGUCGACGAUCAAGGAAACACCGUAUCUGGUUCGGCCACUGGUAGCACAGUAGCUAAUAGUGCGACAACCAAUGCUGCUGUUACGGCGGCUACCACCCAAGCCGCCGCCGCAACGACCGUGACUUCCGCUGCGGCUGCUGCUGCGACAAGUACAGCUGCUUCCACCUCCGGUGCCAACCUUCAGACAUUUACUGGUGCCCUCGGCGGGGUCACAGCCCCAGCAGUAACUGCAGCCAGUGAUGGUCAAUUCCAAGUCGAAGGCAACUCCGAGUUCAAAACCGUCCAGGACGCAUUGGGUCGGUCUUGCGACGUUCAACAUAACCAGUGUGCUAACCAGGCGAACGCUACCGGAAACCAAGGCGGUUUGACUGUCGCUGCCUGUACCGACCAGCAGACGCAAUGCAACGCAAUUGCCAAAGCGUAGGUUGGAGUUGAUGAAUUUCUCCCUAGAUGCUCCGUUUGACCAUCAAGAUACCCACAUCCUGUAAACCGUAGAACAUUUGUAUUGUCAC